AUGACUAGCCCGAGGAGCACUUCACAUAACGGAGCAGACUUUGAUUUGGAUCACUUUUCAAAGGAUCAAUUGCGCCAGUUACUAGAUGACGAUGAUUACAAUGAAGAAGCGUUGGAGUUUUCAGACGACAAUGAUGACUCUAUUAACGAUGGUUAUUCAUUAAACGGAGAAGAAGAGGAGGAAGAGGAGGAGCAAGAUGAUGAAGAUAUUGAUCUUCAAGGAGAUGCCCUUGAAGAUGCCGAUGAUGAUUCGGAGCUGUCUGAUUUUGAAGACUCAGCUGAGAGUAAGCAAAAAAGAUAUCAAACCUUAGCUGACUUAGGGUUUGACAACGAUGAUGAAGCACACGAUUCAAACAGUGAUAAUGAUUCGGAUGACGAAUUCACUUUUAGGAACGCAUUGCGUGAAGCUAGAAAUUUCAAAGUCAAGAGAAAGAGACCUAAAAAACGUGGCGGAUUGGCAGCUAUGAGGAGAAGGAUGAGACGUACGGAGCUUGAUCCCGAAGUAAAGUUACUCUUGUCACAAGCCAAUGAAGCAUUUGCAAUGAACGAGCUGGAUAAAGCAAUAAAAAUUUACAAACAAGUGAUUAAAUUAGAUAAAAACAAUUUUAGUGCAUACAAAACUCUAGGUGAAAUUUAUCGUAUGCAAAAUGACGUCAAUAGAUGUUCAAAUAUCUGGCUAUUGGCAGCUCAUUUGAAUCCCGGAGAUGUUGACUUCUGGAAAACGGUAGCCGAGUUAUCAGUUGAACUAGGUCAUUUCAAACAAGCUAUUUAUUGCUACAGACGUGCCAUCAGUGCAAGCAAAGGCAAAGAUUAUGACGCCAUAUUUUCACGUGCGUGUCUAUAUAGAGAAGUUGGAAAGUAUAAGAGAGCCUCUAGCGGUUUGCUCAAGAUUCGCUCUGUUUUGCCAUCGGAUUCCAAAAUUGUUAGAGAAUUGGCAAAAGUUUAUGUUGAGGAAGGUAGAGUUAACGAUGCAAUCUCAUUAUAUACGAAAAUCUUAGAUGACAAUGUGAAAUACAGAAAACUAGUUGAUAAAGGAGAGUCAGUAACGUUGGAGAAUAUUAUAUUUGACUGGUCUGAAUUGAAUAUUUUAUCAGAGUUGUAUGCAUCUAAAGCAGCAUGGGUGUUAGGUAUCAAGGCCUUGAGACAAGUAUCUCGUUGGAUUCAGGAAAGAGAAGAACAGACAUUCUGGGAUGAAAAUCCAAAUAAUGAUAUUGAAUUUGAUGAAAGAAGGCUAGAUCAUCCUCGAUUUCAAAAGUUGAAGGCAAGAGAUGGCUCUUUAGAUUAUUCCCUCCCUAUUGACAUUAGGGUCCAGUUGGGAAUUUUUAGGCUUAAUAAUAAGCAGGAAGAAGAGUCAUUGAAGCAUUUUUCAGUUUUGUUGGACCAGCCUGUAGAAGAAACUCCGGAUUUAUUUUUUAAAGUGGGUAUGGAGUUGGAAAGUUUUGGUUUGUUUAAGGAAGCUUUGGAGUUCUUGAUCCCUUUGUCGUAUCACGAGGAAUACAAUACGUAUGAACUGGUGACUACUAUAGCGAGAUGUUUGAGAGAAACAGAAGAUUUUGAGAAUGCCAAGGAUACUUAUAUCAGACUUCUCGAAUUUGAUAAGGAUAAUGUUGAACUGAAGGUUGCUCUUGCAGAAUGUUAUUUUUAUCUAGAUGAUAUCGAACAAGCCAACAGGCUGUAUAGAGAUGCGAAGUUGGAAAGAUUGAGGGAGAGAACAAAAAAUGAGGAGCAUGAGACCAGAGAAUCCAUUUUGAGUGAAGAGGAGGAAGAAGAGGAUGAUCUAGGAUUUGGACAAAAUGAUAUUGGUCAAACACAAGCUAUUAUUGAAGACUAUCCGGUUAAAAAGAAGAAGAAGAAAAGGGUAAAAUAUACGAACGACGAACUCAAGACAAUGUCAUUGAAAUCUGAGAUUCGAGUUAAAAAAUUGUACACAAAAUGUUCAAGCAUCUUAAAGCAAAUCGAAGAUCUACAAACGGGAGAUCUAACCGAAGUGGAAGAGGAAUCACUAAAGGUUAGAACUAGGGUUUGGAUUGAACUUGUUUCCGAUUUAAUCACAAUAUUUACCAUGUACAAAAUGUUUUUUCCUCAAGAUAAGUUGGUUGCAUUCAACACCAGACUACGGUUAAGAACGGCCAAACUAAAUAUCGAUCAAAAGCUCUUGAGAAUGAAAUAUUUGCAAACUGAAAUUAUCUUGACACAGCAAUAUUCUAAUGACGAAAUUCCUGAAAUUGGGUUCAAGGGAUUGACAUAUGAACAGUGGUACUAUGUCUUUGUUAAAUAUGCCCUAUUGGUGGCAGAAUUUGAGAAAGACACCGAAACUGCUACCUCCGUCGAAGAAAUUAUUCGACAUGCAAUUGUCUUCAAAGAAAAAGAACUAACCACCAGAUUGGUGGGGCUUUCUGUUGGAAUAUUGACACAGGAUUCCCAAAUUAUCAUGAAUCAAACUAGGGGUUUGAUGAAUGAGUAUCAAUUUGCAAGUGAUUCAUUCAGGCUAUACCUUGCCAGCUUUAUUCCAAAUAGCGAGAUGGAGCAGAAAUACGCUGAUGCACCCUCACAAAAGUUCUUAUUGCGUCAAAUCAAGGCGUUCGACUAUUUAAAAGAUCCUGGAAACGAUGCUAUUGUCGGAAAAGCUACCAUCACUAAAACUAAUGUUGAUCUUUCUAAAGAUCAUUUCACUCUGAAUUACAUAUACGCUUCCUAUCUCUUUAUGAAUAAAUCAUACACGUCUGCCUUGGUGUACUUGAUGAAACUUUAUUACUCUUACCCAAAUAAUCCAGAAUUGCUGUUUUUGCUAUCAUUAGCAAAUCUUCACAGGUCAGUUCAAAGGAAGACCCUAAAUUCUAGUUUUCAAGUUCUACAAGGUCUUUCUUAUAUGAUGGAAUAUAUAAAGACUAAAGACCAAAGUGAUCCGUAUUACAGAAUGGAGGCACUAUACAAUUUAGGCCGAUAUUUUAACCUGUUAGGUCUUGACCAUAUAGCAGUUGUAUUCUAUGGACGUGUUUUGAAUAUUGAAGUCGAUGAUUCGGCGUAUGACCUAAAGAAGGAAGCUGCCCACAACCUCUAUACGAUAUACAAUCUCAACGGAAAUCAUGCACAAGCAGAAGCGAUUAUGGAUGAAUAUCUGGUUAUUUGA